AUGGGACACCCUGUGACAACCCCUUUGACUCUGACUUUAAAUCAUUGGACGGACGUUAAGAGUAGGGCUCAUAGUUUGUCUGUUGAAGUAAAAAAGGGACCAUGGCGGACUUUUUGUUCAUCUGAAUGGCCGACAUUUGCUGUUGGCUGGCCGCAAGACGGAUCCUUUCAUUUACCCAUUAUCUAUGCUGUAAAGCGUCUUGUUUUUCAGACACCAGGGGGCCAUCCGGACCAGGUCCCCUACAUCCUUGUUUGGCAGGAUCUGGUCCAGAAUCCUCCACCCUGGGUGCGACCCUGGAUAUACAGGACUCCUUCGGUGAUGAUCGCUGUCGUUAUGUCACAACCGAAAGCAAAUCAGCAGCCGACUGGUCCCUCAGCUCCCCCACAGAUCUAUCCCGAGAUCAAUGAUUAUCCAUGGACGGAACCACAGCCACCCCUUUACCCUUUACCUGUUCCUCAGCCUCUCCCUCCUCUGGUUCGCGCCAGCAGAACCCGUCCCUAUCCCUGAGGGGGACGGGCCGCCAGGCCUGCAGCGGGGACAUGGAGCCACAGGGGUCGCAGUCCAGAUGGCAUGGGCCCUGGCCCCGACUCCACCAUUGUCUUGUCCCUCCGUGCCUAUGUUGGUGGCCCUCCUCCGGGCCCCAAUGAACUUGCUCCCUUGCAGUAUUGGCCUUUCUCUUCGGCUUUUCUUUACAAUUGGAAAACUAAUCAUCCUUCUUUUUCAGAAAAUCCCUCGGGCUUGACUGGGCUCCUUGAGUCCCUCAUGGUUUCCCAUCAGCCCACUUGGGAUGAUUGCCAGCAACUCUUGCAGGUCCUCUUCACCAGGGAGGAGAGAGAGAGGAUCCUGUUAGAGGCCAGAAAGAAUGUCCCAGGACCAGACGGGACCCCCACUAGUCUCCCCACCCUUGUAGAUGCGGCUUUUCCCUUGGCCCGCCCCGACUGGGAUUUCAACACUGCGAAAGGUAGGGAGUGUCUCACGCUCUACCGCCACACUCUGGCAGGUCUCAAGGGGGCCGCACAGCGACCCACCAAUUUGGCCAAGGUAAGAGAGGUUCUUCAGGGUCCAGUGGAGCCACCCUCCGUUUUCUUAGAAUGGCUGAUGGAGGCUUAUAGGAGAUAUACCCCAUCUGAUCCCUCCUCGAAGGGACAACAAGCGGCUGUUGCUAUGGCUUCAUUGAAAACAAUGGUAAUAGGAGCCACUGGUCACAAAUUUAACCCUUGGACUACCAAGCACACUCUAGAGGUUGGAAAAGGACAAGUAACUCACUCCUUCCUUAUUAUUCCUGAGUGCCCAGCCCCCCUACUCGGAAGGGAUCUACUAACCAAAUUAAAAGCUCAAGUUCAAUUCACUGCCAAGGGACCCCAGGUCACCUGGGAGGGUGCCCCAGUAGCUUGCUUGGUUUUGCACCUAGAAGAGGAGUACCGCCUCCAUGAGCAGAAUCCCAAGCAGUUACCAGCAUCCAAAUGGAUGUCUGCUUUUUCUGGAGUUUGGGCUGAACAGGCAGGAAUAAGAUUAGCCAAACAGGUGCCACCGGUUGUGGUGGAGCUAAAGGCUGAUGCCUCCCCCAUCUCAGUCAAACAGUAUCCUAUGAGUAGGGAGGCUAAAGAAGGCAUCCGGCCACAUAUCCAGAGACUGUUACAACAGGGGAUUUUAGUGCCUUGCCAAUCCCCUUAAAGCCCUCUCCUGUCUGUGCGCAAUCCCGGAACUAAUGACUAUCAACUCGUGCAAGACUUGAGAGAAGUUAACAAAAGGGUACAAGACAUUCACCCUACUGUUCCCAAUCCUUACAACCUAUUAAGCUCCCUCCCGCCAGAGCGGACUUGGUAUACUGUCCUAGACUUGAAAGAUGCCUUUUUCUGCCUCCAAUUGCACCCCAACAGCCAGCCACCAUUCGCCUUUGAGUGGAGAGACCCAGAGGAAGGGUAUACGGGCCAGCUGACUUGGACACGGUUGCCACAAGGGUUCAAAAAUUCCCCUACCCUUUUUGAUGAAGCGCUCCACUGCACCUCAACCCAGGAACUGUGCCUCUACGGGACCAAGAAACUCCUGAAUGAACUGGGUGAGUUGGGGUACCGGGUAUCCGCUAAGAAAGCUCAGCUAUGCCGCACCAAGGAAACCUACCUAGGAUACAUCCUCCAAGAAGGAAAGCGAUGGCUAACCGAGGCUCGAAAGAAGACUGUGAUGCAGAUCCUGAUCCCCACCACUCCGCGACAAGUACGUGAGUUUCUGGGGACGGCGGGCUUUUGCAGACUCUGGAUACCGGGAUUGGCAACACUGGCGGCCCCUCUGUACCCACUCAGUAAAGAAAAAGUCCCGUUCACCUGGACAGAGGAACACCAAAAAGCCUUUGACAGCAUAAAGGCUGCUCUGUUUGCAACCCCUGCUUUGGCCUUGCCAGAUUUGACUAAGCCUUUCACCCUAUACGUUGAUGAGCAGGCUAGAGUAGACCGUGGAGUCCUGACUCAGACUCUGGGGCCCUGGAAGCGGCCGGUGGCCUACCUGUCCAAAAAGCUAGAUCCGGUUGCCAGUAGUUGGCCCUCUUGCCUGAAAGCCAUUGCUGCAGUAGCCCUACUUGUCAAAGACGCUGACAAGCUUACUCUGGGUCAACAUGUGACUGUAAUUGCUCCCCAUGCUUUGGAAAGUAUUGUGUGGCAGCCCCCCAACCGCUGGAUGACAAACACCCGGAUAACACACUACCAGAGCUUGUUGUUAAAUGACCGGAUAACUUUUGCUCCGCCUGCUAUCCUCAACCCUGCCAUCCUGCUCCCCAAAGCAGAUGACUCCACCCCAGUGCACUGAUGUGCUGACAUCCUGGCCGAAGAGACCGGAACCAGAAAAGACCUGACUGAUCAACCUUGGCCAGGUGUACCUAACAGGUACACGGACGGUAGCAGCUUCGUGGUAGAAGGAAAAAGAAGAGCAGGAGCAGCGGUGGUGGACAGAAAGCAGAUAAUUUGGGCCAGCAGUUUACCAGAAGGAACUUCGGUGCAAAAAGCAGAACUCCAGGCGUUGACCCAAGCACUUGAACUGGCAGAAGGUAAGGCCAUCAAUAUCUACACUGAUAGCCGAUAUGUUGCCACAGCCCACAUACAUGGGGCCAUCUACAGGCAGAGGAGGCUGCUCACAUCAGCAGGGAAGGAAAUUAAAAAUAAGGAGGAAAUCUUGGCUCUCCUAGAGGCUAUACAUCUGCCCAAAAAGGUCGCUAUUGUCCACUGUCCUGGGCACCAAAAGAGCAGUGACCCGGUAGCAAAAGGGAACCAGAUGGCUGACUGGACAGCAAAACAGGCGGCCCAGGGGGCAGUCACUCUGGCCGUUGAGGCCACUGAUGAACCCCAUGGCACCCCGGAAGUUAGUUUUGAAUAUACCCUCAAAGACUAUGACAUAAUUGAAGACAUGGGAGAUCGAGGACUUGCUCGGGGGUUCAGCCAUCAUGGUGUAGCAAAAACUAAAGAAGGAAAAAUCAUAUUGCCCUACAAAGAAGGGAGGGCAUAUGUAGAACGCAUCCAUCGGUUGACUCAUCUGGGAGCAAAGAAGUUAUGUGACUUGAUUCAAUCUUCCAACUAUUAUGUGAUCGAACUGCACUCCAUCGCUGAGCAAGUUGCAAAAACUUGUAAGGCUUGUGCUCUGACCAAUGUGGCACACCCCUUCAAUGAACCAGGGAAAAGACUGAGAGGUGACUGACCAGGGGCUUACUGGGAAAUAAAUUUCACUGAAAUUAAGCCAGGGAAGUAUGGUAACAAAUAUCUUCUAGUUUUUAUAGACACCUUUUCAGGAUGGGUAGAGGCUUUCCCUACUAAAUCAGAAACAGCUCAGGUGGUAACUAAGAAAAUUCUUGAAGAAAUCCUGCCUCGAUUUGAGAUUCCCAAGGUAAUCGGCUCAGACAAUGGGCCCACUUUUGUUGCCCAGGUAAGUCAGGAAUUGGCCACACAACUGGGGACUAAUUGGAAAUUACAUUGUGCUUACAGGCCCCAGAGCUCAGGACAGGUAGAAAGAAUAAAUAGAACCCUAGAAGAGACCCUUACUAAAUUAGCCAUUGAGACCAGCGGUCAGGACUGGGUGACUCUCCUUCCCUUUGCGCUUCUCAGGGUCUGAAACACUCCUGGAUGUUUUGGCCUCACCCCCUAUGAGAUUCUGUAUGGGGGACCACCCCCCUUAACUGAGUCAGGUGGGAUAUUGGAUCCCAACACUGACCUUUCCUCACCCUCUGCUCUGUUUACCCACUUAAAGGCCUUAUAAGUUGUCAGAACACAGAUCUGGAACCAGAUCAAAGAAGCCUACACACCGGGAACCACAGCAGUGCCCCACGGGUUCCAGGUCGGAGACUCAGUCUUGGUCAGACGACAUCGAGCUGGCAUGCUUGAGCCCCGGUGGAAAGGACCUUAUCUGGUGCUGUUGACUACCCCCACGGCAGUGAAGGUAGACAGGAUUGCUGCCUGGAUCCAUGCCUCCCAUGUAAAGAAACCACCAAACCAAGAUGAGGGUGACUGGAUGGUGGCAGCCACUGACAAUCCUCUUAAGCUGCGCCUUCACCAUAGCCCCAACCUUGGGUAG